AUGACCCAGAGAAACCCCCCCGCAGACUCGGUCGCGGAACCAGAGCGCUGGAACAGCACACGGAUUAAUGCCUACCGCUAUUACGUGACCAACAUAUCCUUUCUAAUAAUGGGCAUGAAUGAUGGAUGUCUUGGUGCUCUUUUGCCAUACAUCGAGACCUACUACUCCAUCGACUACACCACUGUGUCGACCUUGUUCGUCGUGCCCUUUGCGGGCUACAUCGUCGCCGCCCUCGUCAACAACUGGAUUCACUACACCGUUGGCCAACGCGGCGCCGCCUUCAUCGGACCCAUCACCCGCCUCCUCGCCUACCUCCCAAUGGCCCUCCACCCGUCGUUCCCCGUGCUGCCCUGCGUCAUGAUGUUUACUGGAUUCGGAAACGGUGUGCAGGACAGCGCCUAUAACGCCUGGAUCGGAAACAUGCACCACGCCAACGAACUGCUCGGCUUCCUCCACGGAUCCUACGGCGUCGGGGCCACCAUCAGCCCCCUGAUCGCGUCCGCCAUGAUAACGGAAGCUAACCUGGAAUGGUACACCUUCUUCUACAUCAUGAUCGGUUUGACAUUCGUCGAGUUCAUCAUCGGCACAACCGCAUUCUGGGGCGCGACGGGCGACGAGUACAAGCGACGCAUGCACUCUCAGCAGGGCAAGAGCCGCGUGACGACGCUCAUGGCCGUCAAGGAGCCCGUAACCUGGAUAGUCGCCAUCUUCCUGCUGGGUUACGUGGCGGCAGAGGUCAGUCUCGGCGGUUGGAUCGUCACCUUCAUGUUGCGGGUCCGGCACGCCAAGCCCUUCCUCGCGGGCCUCACCGUGACUCUUUUCUGGCUGGGCCUCACGCUGGGCCGUGUCGUGCUCGGGUUCGUGACGGAGCGCAUCGGUGAGAAGCUGGCCAUCACCAUCUACCUGGCCCUCUCCAUUCUCCUCGAGCUACUGUACUGGCUGGUUCCAGACUUUGUAGCUUCGGUAAUCUUUGUGAUGCUCCUUGGUUUCUUCCUAGGACCUCUGUUCCCUGCUGCGAUUGUUGCAGCGACAAAGCUGCUUCCGACCGACUACCACAUUAGUGCGCUUGGGUUCGCAUCUGCUGUCGGAGGAGGCGGCGCUGCCAUCGGCCCCUUUGCAGUUGGAGCCAUCGCUCAACAGACUGGUGUUCAAGUCUUGCAACCUAUCGUCCUCGGAAUACUAGCCUUCAUCAUCGCAGUAUGGACGCUUCUUCCGGGAGGAUUCAGAAAGGGCGGACUUGAGAUGGCUCGGGAGCAAAAGCUCAAGCCCGGGGGGAACGUGAGGGAGAUCUGGUCAUGGAUCAGAAUGAAAGCCGCGAGAGCUGGACGACCACGAGCUUUGCCAUGA